GAUUGGAGCGGUCUAGUGUAUUUCCGGGUCUAGUUUUGUAUUGCGGAGAGAGGCGGCGGGACCGAGGAGGACGAGGAGGUCAGUACUGCGAUGGACAGGUGACUCUGUCCACCUGAGUGACGUCAUGUCCAGACAGAGGAGCUCCAAGACCCUGAUCAUCACAGACGAUGAGGAGGUGGAGGCCGAGGAUCUGAACCCGUUCUCCUUCAGAGAGUUUCUACGCUGGAAGAACCAGGAUCCAGACCAACACCAGGACCAGGAGCAGGAGCAGGACCAGGAGCAGACACACAGUAAGCAGCUGUUUGAUGUUGGGAACUUGACCUUUGACCCUGACCCCCACAGCUGUUUUUUCUCUGAACCCUCCCUGGCACCACAGGAGGAGGAGGAGGAGGAGGAGGGGUGGGGUCGGAGCCUCCAGUCAGGUGUAGACAGCACCUCCUCCCUCUGCACCGAGGAGGAGGAGGAUGACGAGGAGGAGACCAGGUUCUCCUCCAAACCUGAGGUCCAGCAGAGAGGAGGAGGAGGAGGAGGAGGAGGAAAGAACUAUGAAGGAGAUGAUGAGACCUCCAUGGCUGAACCUGCCACCUCCUGCAGGAGGAGGAGCAGGAGGAGCAGCCACAUACAGCAGCUGAAGGAGGAGAACAUGUCGUUGAGGAGAACCAUCAGGGAGCUGCAGAGGAGAUCUGAUGCUAAUGAGCACAGGGUGAUGGAGCUGUCUGAGGAGCUGCUCCAGAGGAGGCAGAGGGAGGAGAAGGAGGCUCAGGACCUGGAGGGCAUGGUUCACUCAGUGGAGCAGAACCUCCACCUGAUGACGAAACGAGCAGUGAAAGCAGAGAACAGUGUUUCCAGACUGAAGGUGGAGCUGCAGCAGCUGCAGGUGGAGGUGGAGUCUCUGAGGGCGGAGAACAUCAGUCUGAAGGCGGCAGAGUCUCAGGUCGUCAUGACGAUGAGACAGAACGCACAGAUGGCAUCUGAGUACCUGAACAAGACGACAAGCCACGCCCACUCAUCCAUCCGUCAGCUGUUGGUGGAGGCGGAGUCUCUCCGUCUCGUCUCUCAGCUUCUUCAGUCCAUCGAUAAAAUCUCCAACAUCGACUCAGAGUCCUGAUCCUGGACCUGCUGCAGACCUGGACCUGCUGCAGAUCUUCAUCUCUAAUAAUAUCAGGAUGUGGUUGUCAUGGAAACAGCCCAGACAGGACACCAUUUCUUACUAGUGCUGAGUCUUUGAUGACAUCACAGCUGUGGAGCUCUCCUGCCUCCUGAUUGGUCGGUGUGUUGGAGCGUGUCGUUACAGCAGUGUGUGUUUUAUUCACAGUGUGAUCAGAUGUGAAGCAGCUGUUUUAGAAUAAAGCUGUUGAGUCAGCA